AAAAGUAAACCGAUCGACUGUGAAUGCUUAUGCAUGUUGUGAAUGAAUUUCAAAAAUGUCAUUGGGAGUUUGUAAACAAAAAUAAUUCUUUGGUCAAGAAUAUUAAAUUUCUAGAAUUAUUGAUAUUUGUUGUUGUUUUAUUGUAUUAAAAAAUGACAAAUUAAAUGGGUGGUAAAAGUUACUAUUGCGACUAUUGCUGCUGUUUUCUCAAGAAUGACGUAAAUGUGCGCAAAACGCACAACUCAGGUUUAACUCAUAAUAUGGCAAAAUUACGUUAUAUGAGACGAUUCGAAGACCCUAGAAAAGUGCUGGAACAGGAAGUCAAUAAGGAGCCUUGCACGCGUUACUUAAACGGCAGAUAUUGCAAAUUCGAUUUAAUGUGCAAGUCGACGCAUUACAAUAAAGAGCAGUUAGAGCAGUUGCGUAAAAUAGUAAAACGUUUGGAAAAAUUUCAAAGGCCUAAAGUUAUUGGCAAACUGAAAAAUGACAAAAAAAGGAUGCUUCCAUGGCAUAGAAAUAGUGAAAAAAGUUAUAAAUUAAUGAAUAUCAAACGCUUACCAGAAUCACUGAGACCUAUAAACUUUGAUCGAUUCAAUGAUGAUUGCCUGAAACUCGAAUGGGGUUAGAAAAAAAAACCAUUGUCAAAUUGUUUAGAUUCUUGCAAUUUUUCAAUAAUAAAUUACUAUAGCAAUACAAAAUCUAA